AUGCUACUAUUUGUUAUCUUGCUUAUUAUUUAUUCUUGUCAAGGAAGUUUUGUUAGUAGAUGUAGUGAUCAAGAUUUGAAUGAUUUAAAUAACCAAGCACGUCAUGUGAUGAUAAUGAUUCUUCAUGAAGAGAAUAAAGAAAUUAUUGAUAAAUAUGAGAGGUUUGCUCAAAAGAAUCAAGAUUUAGAAGUUGAUUUUAAAUACGCUUUAAAAGAAAAUAGUCAACAAAUUAUUAAAGAAAGAGAUAUUUCGUUAUAUCCUGCUUUUAUUAUCAUUCGUCACCACAGCCAAAAAGAUAUGAUUUUACAAGGAGGAUUUGAUUUAGCUAAAUUACAACAAUUUUUUGAUAUUUCAACAUUACCUAUUAUAUCCUAUUUUAUGGACCCAUCUAAGCUUAGUGUUUAUUCAAAUAAACAGUAUACUUCUUCUUUUGUUUUUGAAAGAAACAAAGACAUUAUAUUUAACCCAUUCUUUAAUGAGUUUAUUUCUACUUCUUAUUCACUUGCACCAUUAACUGAUAAUAAAUUCUAUUAUACAGAAAAUGGAGUUCCACAAUUUCAAUUAUCAUAUAUGGAUAAUAUGCGUUAUUCUGAUGAAACUGAAAAAUUAGUUUAUAGUGCAAAAUCUAAUUUAACUAUUCAAUCAUGGAUGUAUCGAGUUGCUUUACCUUUGUUUCAACCUAUUAAUGAAGAUAUCAAAAUGAUAUUGAAAAGAUCUGGUAUGAACGCAAUUAUUAUUGUUGACAAUGAAAUUAGUAAAAUUGAUUACCUCAACUUCGUCUCUAUUGCUAGAAGUAUUAGAGGUCAUCUUGGAUUAUUAUAUUGUACUAAAGGUAGUUAUUAUGAUCACCAAAUUGGUGGUGAUUCAAGAAUUCGAAUUGUUAAUUCAGAUUUUAAGAAAAUAGAUGAAGGUGUUAUUGUAGAAGACCUUAUUAAGAAAUAUACUACAAACGAUAAAAUUGGAGAUCUUAGAACAUUCAAAGAAAUUGAUGUUGAAACUAAUCCAUUAUAUGAAGUUGUUAAAAUGAUGCUUAACUCUGGACAAUAUUCUCAAAUAUUUGACAAUGAACGGAAUAAACCUUACAUUAAUAUUUUUAUGCAAGUUCUUGCAAAUAAAACAUUAUCAACAGAUGUAUAUUCAUUAUUUAAUCAAUUUAAUAACAUUGACUUUUCUUCUGAUGAUUCUGAUGUUGAUGAAAUUAUUGACUUCCUUAAAAACGAUAAAUUGUGGAAUGUUCUUGAUUCUAUUCAAUUCAAAGAUAUCCCUCAAGAACAUAUUAUUUUUAUUAGUAAUGCUCGUCGUUUAAUUCAUGACGAUUCUGCUUCUAAAACAUUAGAAACAAUAGUUAGAAGAGCAUUUAAAUCUGAAGUUGUGAAACAAUUCUUUAAAAACCAUCCGGAUUCUGAUUCAAUUUCAUCAAAUGAAGUAUUUGCCUUAUUAGAACAACCUGAAGUUAAAGUUAUCUUAGAUGAUAUCAAAGAAUUAAUAAAAACUGUUGAUGAAAAAAAAUUAUUUGAAAAACGUGAAUUAUAA